AUGUAUGGUGUAGGCUUCAUGAUAAAAAGUACACUCAAAAAGGCAAUUGAAGAAUUCCUGGCAAUUUCAGAAAGAAUCGCUAUCCUUAACAUAACGCUACCUGGACAUAAAACACCAACUUCAAUAUUACAGAUCUAUGCACCAACAGAAGUAGCAAGUAAUGAUAUAAAAGAAAAGUUCUACAAAGACCUGAAAUAUGCACUAGAUAAAUCACACAAAAACAUAAUUCUAAUGGGUGACUUCAAUAGCCAGCUCGGUACAAGAAAAAAGAAUGAAGAUAAUAUCCUUGGGCCAUACUCCACAGGCAAACGCAACAACAAUGGACAACGACUAAUAGACCUAGCAUUGGAAUACAACCUGCACAUCAUGAAUAGUGUCUACAAAAAGAAACCAAACCGGAAGUGGACCUGGAUAUCACCAAACGGCUCCAUAAGAAACGAAAUUGAUUUUAUACUAACCAAUAAACCCAAAUGGUUCUUAGACGUAUCUGUUAUCAAUCAACUUAACUUCAAUACCAACCACAGAAUGUUACAAGGUAAAAUACACUCCAACUGCCCAAAAGAAAGUAGAAAAAAUAUAAAAACCGGCCAAAACCAUCUCCCACAAAUACUCCCAGAAAACAUAAUCCGAGACCUGGAAACUUCCCUCGAAAAUAUAGAACAACAACAAAGCCUCCAAGAAAAAUAUAAUAAAUUAGAAUAUGGAUUACAACAAAUAAACAAACAAAUAAGUAUUGCAAAUAAACAGAAAGACAAAAUUGGACCCCAUGCUAGAAAUCUUAUAAAUAAACGAAAAUUACUUCUGGAAGACAGAAAAAGUAAUAGAGCUGCAAUAUCACAACUAAGCAAGCAAAUUAACCUCAACAUCAGGAAACACAAGAAGCAGAUACAAUCCGAAACAUUCAAACUGCACCUGGAACAAACAGGAGGGACAGCAAAAGCAAUGAAAGAAAUGCAGGAAUAUAGUAACUGGAUACCGAGCAUGAGAAACAGAAGAACCAAAAAAUUAGAAACAAAACGUAAGAAUAUCUCAAAAGCUGCCACACAAUUCUACAAAGAACUAUAUGACUGCGAAGAUACGACCCUCCCAAACUUAAAGUCACUAUAUCAACUCGACGAGGAGAUAAUACCACUAAUUGAAGAAAAUGAAGUUAUUAAAGCUGUGUCAACUCAAAAAAAUGGAAAAGCAACUGGCGAAGAUCAAAUCUCUAACGAACUUCUUAAAUGUACACUCCCAGCAUCACUCAGAAGCAUCGUCACGUUAUUCAAUGAGAUCCUUCAGAAAGAAGAAAUACCUAAACAAUGGACUACCUCCACUAUCAUCCUACUACACAAGAAAGGCGACAGAAACGACGUUGGCAAUUACAGGCCCAUCAGCCUCAUGUCAAACCUAUACAAGAUAUUUUCCAAAAUCAUACUACAACGCAUAGAAAAAGUGUUAGAUGAAAACCAACCCAAGGAGCAAGCGGGUUUCAGAAAAGGCUUUGCAACAAUAGACCAUAUUCAUACCAUUAAACAAAUAAUAGAAAAGAGCAAUGAGUAUGGUAAAAAAUACUACCUAGCUUUUAUAGAUUACAGCAAGGCCUUCGACUCCCUACUCCACAGCUAUAUAUGGGAAGCGUUGAAAAUGCAAAACGUCCAGAACAAAUAUAUAAGAAUAAUCAGCAACAUAUACAAAUGCAUAACAGCAAAAAUAAAACUAGAAACAGUAGGCGAGGAAUUCAAACUGAAAAAAGGAGUGAGACAAGGAGACCCACUGUCACCUAAAUUGUUCUCAGCAACUUUAGAACAGACGGGAAAAGGAAAAGAGGCAGACCUUACCGCAGAUGGGAAGACGACAUUAGAGCUAUCGCUGGACCAACAUGGACAUGGACAAGAAGAGCAACUAACAGAGAGGAAUGGAAGGUCUUAG